AUGGAUCUAUUGUAUGACGCAGCCGACGACUACGACGAUCCAUUCGAUUUUCCGUUUAAGAUCGAUGACUUUCAACCGUUGUACGUCACCAGUGCUAAAUCGAUCUCGGUCGAAGAAGAUCAAGGUGAUGACCAGUCGUUGUCUAGUGUCUCAGAUAGCAAAAAGCUCGAAAAAAGCACAGAUGAGACUGGCUUGGAGAGAAAAGCCUCGAUCGUGUACGCAGAUAGAAAAUCAUUUAUCUAUGAAUACGAAGAGGAAGAGUACUCGAGCGGAGAGGCCGAUAGCGAAGUUCAAGACGAAAUCGAAGAAGAAAAGAAAGUCGAGGAAGCAGAAGCAGGAGGAGCCGAAGAAGCCGAAGAGGCCGAGGAGAUAUUCCUGAAGGGAGACGGAAGGGGUUUCGCGCUCGGUUAUGGCUACGACGCAUCCACGCUUCGUCUGAGCGAGGAGGAACGCCGAGACAUCGUCUCCCAACUGAAGAGCUUGGCCGAAGACGCUCAGGUCGGCCUGGCUCAGAACAAAUUUCUGCACAAGCAGUACAUCGGCACCAUACGCAACGCGCAGGUUCUGGCCGAGGCGCUGGAUCGCUUCGACGAGGUCAUCGUUUACGAGAGCUCGCGGUACAACGCCAUGCUGGAGAAUUACAUGAAUUAUCGGGACGAGAGCGAGGCCCUGAAGGCGUCGCACGCCGACGAUCUGCAGAGGCUGAAGGACAAGUGCGCCUCGGAGAACGAGCGUCACGCGCGGAUGCUCGACGCCCUGAUCGGCCAGCAGCUCGAGGUGGCGCGCAAGAUGAAGCCCCAGGGCGCGAGGAACAAGGCCGACUGGCUCGAGAUCGUGAGCAAGAGCAUCGAGAGCCAGAGGCCGAAGAUCGCGCGCGUCGCCCAAAUCCGACUGGCCUGCUUCAAGAUCCAGACUCUGCUCGAAGGUAUGCAGGACCAGCUGAAGGAGCUCGACCGACUGGGCGCCGGAUACUCGGUCAUCGAUUACGAGUACUUGCUCAAACGGAAGGAGGUCUGCGUCGAGAGGAGGAAGGAGCAGGAGGAACAGAUUGCCGACUUGUCGCACAAUAAUUUGCUUUGCGCCUCGAUCGUGAAAAAUCUCGAGGAGGAAGUCGAUCUCGAUCAAGAGAAGAUCGAGAAAAUUCGCGAAAAUUUGGACUGCUUGCUGGCGAGCAACGUGAGCGAGCACUACGAGGCCGCGAGCUACGGCAAGCAGCGAAGCUUGAUCCAAAUGAAAACUCUCAAGAUGCAGGAGGUGAUCGGUUUGUUGGACAAGCCGCAUCUGCUGAAUAAAAUGGCCGCGAGCUUGCGAGAGAUCCAAUGCCUCAAGGACAAAUCCGAAAUCAUUGAACUUCAAAUUUACUCGGACGCAAUUAGACACGCUCUUCUCUUGUGAUAAAUGCUUUAUUUUCUAUACAUCUUAACGAUAA